GGGCAGCUAGGGUUUCGCCUACGGUCCGCCGUUCUUGCAUCCUUCACGUGCCAGAGAGGAGAGAGCCCGGCGAUCUUCGGCCACCAACAAGAUGGGGAAGACCCGUGGUAUGGGAGCUGGGCGUAAGCUCAAAACUCACAGGAGGCGGCAGAGGUGGGCGGACAAAGCAUACAAGAAAAGUCAUCUCGGGAAUGAGUGGAAGAAACCAUUUGCUGGUUCUUCACAUGCCAAGGGUAUUGUCCUCGAAAAGAUAGGCAUCGAAGCUAAGCAGCCCAACUCCGCCAUUCGAAAGUGUGCUAGAGUUCAACUGAUCAAGAAUGGAAAGAAAAUUGCAGCCUUUGUUCCGAACGAUGGUUGUUUAAAUUUCAUCGAAGAAAAUGACGAAGUCUUGAUCGCUGGUUUUGGACGGAAGGGACACGCGGUGGGUGAUAUUCCCGGAGUGCGGUUCAAGGUGGUGAAGGUUUCGGGUGUGUCGCUGUUGGCGCUAUUCAAGGAAAAGAAGGAGAAGCCUCGCUCUUAACUUAUAAUAAUUGCUUUACUGGGUUUCCAGAUGAAUCAGUCAGCCAUUUGCUUGACUCGUCAUUCAGCACUUUUUCCUAGUCGACGGUGAUCUGUUUUCUUUUUUGUUUUUUUCCAGAUGGUCAGACAUUUGUUUUCAUUAGCGUUUUAACCACUGAAUGAAUCACACGGGCUAUGCUAUUUUUAUUGAACCGAUGACUUUA